GGCUUGGGCCUGGGCCUUUGCGCGUGCGCGCUUUAGUCAGCUCAAGGACCCAGAUUUAAAGAGACAGGCGUUUCAACCGUCUUUCCUGCCCGCGGCCGGUAGGUGCCUGGUCCGAGGCCUGCUCUGCGCGCCGGAGCCGGGAAGACAGGGAAUUCAGAGUCCCACCAGCGCAUCCAUGGACUCAUUUUUAAUUUUUCCAGCCAUACCGCGAGCUGUAUGACUUUGGCUUUCAAGAUCCUCUUCCCGCCAAUCCUGCGUGCACUCAGCCGAAAAGAGCAACAUCAUUGGCCUGGCAUAAGACAACUCUGCCAGUGGUCAGAAACAGAUCUGCUUUAUGGGUGCUGCCCCCUCCAGAGAAGAAAGCCUGCUCUGUCAUUCCAGGACGGCAGUCUAAGACUACGUGCCACUUGCCUUGUUUUCUUGCCAGGGUCGUAUGUUGGACUCUGCAGUGGCCCCUGUGAGAUGGCUGAACAACGGUUCUGUGUGGACUAUGCCAAGCGUGGCACAGCUGGCUGCAAAAAAUGCAAGGAAAAGAUUGUGAAGGGUGUCUGCCGAAUCGGCAAAGUGGUGCCCAAUCCCUUCUCCGAGUCCGGGGGUGAUAUGAAAGAGUGGUACCACAUUAAAUGUAUGUUUGAGAAACUAGAGCGGGCCCGGGCCACCACAAAAAAAAUUGAGGACCUCGCAGAGCUGGAAGGCUGGGAAGAGCUGGAAGAUAACGAGAAGGAACAGAUAAGCCAGCACAUUGCAGAUCUGUCUUCUAAGUCAGGAACCACACCAAAGAAGAAAACUGCUGUCCAGGCUAAGCUGACAGCCACUGGCCAGGUGACAUCUCCAGUGAAAGGUGCCUCAUUUGUCACCAAUACCAAUCCUCGGAAAUUUUCUGGCUUUUCAGCCAAGCCCAAUAACUCGGGGGAAACUCACUCAAGCCCUAUCCCUAAGACAAGUCUGUCCUCAAGCAAAUGUGACCCCAAGCACAAGGAUUGUCUCCUGCGCGAGUUUCGGAAGUUGUGUGCCAUGGUUGCUGAAAAUCCUAGCUACAAUACCAAGACCCAGAUCAUCCAGGAUUUCCUUCGGAAAGGCUCAGCAGGAGAUGGUUUCCACGGUGAUGUGUACUUAACAGUGAAGCUGCUGCUACCAGGUGUUAUUAAGAGUGUUUACAACUUGAAUGAUAAGCAGAUUGUUAAGCUUUUCAGCCGCGUUUUUAACUGCAACCCAGAUGAUAUGGCACGAGACCUAGAGCAGGGAGACGUGUCGGAGACAAUCCGAGUCUUCUUUGAGCAGAGCAAGUCUUUCCCUCCAGCUGCCAAGAGUCUCCUUACCAUCCAGGAGGUGGAUGAAUUCCUCCUGCAGCUCUCCAAACUCACCAGGGAGGAUGAGCAGCAACAGGCCCUACAGGACAUUGCCUCCAGGUGUACAGCCAAUGACCUUAAGUGCAUCAUCAGGUUGAUCAAACAUGAUCUGAAGAUGAACUCAGGUGCAAAACAUGUGUUAGAUGCCCUUGACCCCAAUGCCUAUGAAGCCUUCAAAGCCUCGCGUGACCUACAGGACGUGGUGGAGCGGGUCCUCCGUAAUGAGCAGGAGGUGGAGAAGGAGCCAGGCCUGAGACGAGCUUUGAGUGUCCAGGCCGCACUGAUGACCCCAGUGCAGCCCAUGUUGGCCGAGGCCUGCAAGUCCAUCGAGUACGCAAUGAAGAAAUGUCCUAACGGCAUGUUCUCUGAGAUCAAGUAUGAUGGAGAGCGAGUUCAGGUGCAUAAGAACGGGGACCACUUCAGCUACUUCAGCCGCAGUCUCAAGCCUGUCCUGCCUCACAAGGUGGCCCACUUUAAGGACUACAUCCCCCAGGCUUUCCCUGGGGGCUACAGCAUGAUCUUGGACUCUGAAGUGCUCCUGAUUGACAACAAGACAGGCAAACCACUGCCCUUUGGAACUCUGGGAGUGCACAAGAAAGCUGCCUUCCAGGAUGCUAAUGUCUGCCUAUUUGUUUUUGAUUGUAUCUACUUCAAUGAUGUCAGCUUGAUGGACAGGCCUCUGUGUGAGCGGCGGAAGCUUCUUCAUGAUAAUAUGGUUGAAAUUCCCAAUCGGAUCAUGUUCUCAGAAAUGAAGCAAGUCAAGAGAGCUGCAGACUUGGCCGGAAUGAUAAACCGGGUGAUCCGAGAGGGGUUGGAAGGACUGGUGCUGAAGGAUGUGAAGGGUACAUAUGAGCCCGGGAAGCGGCACUGGCUAAAAGUGAAGAAAGACUAUUUGAACGAAGGGGCCAUGGCAGACACAGCUGACCUGGUGGUCCUUGGAGCCUUUUAUGGGCAAGGAAGCAAAGGCGGCAUGAUGUCUAUCUUCCUCAUGGGCUGCCAUGACCCGAGCACCCAGAAGUGGUGCACGGUCACCAAGUGUUCGGGAGGCCAUGAUGAUGCGACGCUUGCCCGCCUGCAGAGGGAACUGGACAUGGUGAAGAUCAGCAAGGAUCCCAGCAAGAUACCCAGCUGGCUGAAAAUCAACAAGAUCUACUAUCCUGACUUCAUAGUCCCAGACCCAAAGAAAGCUGCCGUGUGGGAGAUCACAGGGGCUGAAUUCUCCAAAUCUGAGGCACACACAGCUGAUGGGAUCUCCAUCCGAUUCCCUCGCUGCACCCGAAUCCGUGAUGAUAAAGACUGGAAAUCUGCAACUAACCUCCCCCAGCUUAAGAAGCUGUACCAGCUGUCCAAGGAGAAGGCAGACUUCACUGUAGUGGCUGGAGAUGAGGGGAGCUCCUCUGCAGGGGGCAGCAGCGGCGAGAAUGAGGGCAACUCUGGGCCUGCUGUGUCUUGCAAGGCCUCUGGAGCCUCCCCCAAAGUCAAGAAGGCGGGAGGGAAGCUGAGUAGCCCCAACAACAAAGGCGACAGCAAGCCAACUAUGAAGUCUUCCUGGAGAGUCGGGGAAAAGCGGAAGGCUCCCGAUGAGACCCCCUGCCAAGCAAAGGUGCUGCUGGACAUCUUCACUGGGGUACGGCUCUACCUGCCGCCCUCCACACCAGACUUCAGCCGUCUCAGACGCUACUUUGUGGCAUUCGAUGGGGACCUGGUGCAGGAAUUUGACAUGGCCUCAGCCACACAUGUGCUAGGUAGCAGGGACAAGAACUCUGAGGCCCAGCAGGUCUCCCCGGAGUGGAUUUGGGCAUGUAUCCGCAAACGGAGACUGGUAGCUCCCUGCUAGGACUGUUGCUCCCCUCUCCGUCGCACCUACCACACUACUAGACUGGGCUUUGGCUGGGUAGACGGGCAGGGUGGCUGGGCUGCUUCUCCAAGCAGUGUGCCUGCCGAAGCCCACCAAGCAGGCAUGGUCUCCUCCUGGCUGGGAAGUCAGUUUCUCCCGCUGGUUUACAGAGAUCUUUCAGGUCUGGGUGCUGGUUUGUCAUCUUCAAAAAGUUUUGGGGUUUCGGUUUUGUUCUGUUUUUAGUGUCUUGCAGUUACCUCCGUCCUGUCCUUUCCUCUUCAUCCCUGUAAUUUCCCUAGUGGUUAAGGGGUAAAGGCCAUCCUGAAGCUGGGCACAGAGCCAACCCAGUGGCAGUCUUCUGUCCCUUGCUGCUUGCCCCUUUAACUUACAGGCUCAUUUUAAAGUUGUAUUUAAAAGGCUGCCCUCAGAAAUGCUUGUGUGUGGCAAAACUUGUGUUUUGCCUGGCCUUUUGCCAGGAAUGGGGCCUCACUUGAAAUAAAACAAAAUGAAUUUUAUGACUCAA